AUGGCGGACCCCUCGCAAAGCGGGGAAUUGAACCAGCCCAUCCUCAACCUGACGCCAGAGGAGAAGCGUGUGUUCCAGUAUCUGUUCCAGCAGGCCGACACAGAGAAGCUGGGCGUCAUAACCGGCGAGAUUGCCGUCAAGUUCUUUGAGCGCACCAAGCUCGCACCAGCCGUACUAGGUGAAAUAUGGCAGAUUGCAGACACGGAGAACCGCGGUCUGUUGACCAUGGCGGGCUUCUGCCAGGUCCUGCGCCUCAUCGGACACUACCAGGCAGGCCGAGAUCCUGCGCCCGAGCUGGCGUUUAGACCCGCGCCGCUGCCUAAAUUCGAGGGCUUGAGUAUCCCGUCCGCCCCUCCCGCCGCCCCCAGCUUCUCCCCACAACCCACAGGUUCCAUACAACCUCAAAUGAGCGGAAACGGCCCAAUCCGCGUGCCGCCAUUAGUACCUGCCAAAGCUGCCGAGUAUGCAGGCUUGUUCGAAAAGUCUGGCGCCGUCAAUGGCGUGCUUUCUGGCGAGAACGCAAAAGAGAUUUUCGAAAAGGCGCGGUUACCCAACGAAGUCCUCGGUCGCAUAUGGAACCUCUCCGACACCGAGCAGCGCGGGGCCCUCAACGUGACCGAGUUCAUCAUCGCCAUGCACAUGCUAGCCUCGUACCGAACAGGCAACAUGAAGGCCCUCCCUACUGCCCUACCUCCAGGCCUGUACGAAGCCGCCUCUCGUCGAGGGCAACUCCAACCCCCACCAGGAGGACGUCCAGAUCAAUCCAUGGCCAUUCCACGUCAGUUCAGCGGCCAGCAGAAUGUGCCACGACAAUCGAGUCCGCUCGGACGCCAGCCAUUUGGAGUGCCACCCCCACCUCCCCAACCCGCCGGUAGCGACUGGUUGAUCAGCCCGCAAGAGAAGGCCUCGUACGACAAUCUGUUCAAGGGAGUGGAUACCAUGGGCCGAGGUUUCAUCACUGGAGACCAGGCAGUGCGCUUCUUCAGUGACUCUGGUCUACCAGAAGAUGUACUUGCAGGAAUAUGGGACCUUGCAGACAUCAACUCGGAGGGACAGUUGUCCAAGGACGAGUUCGCAGUCGCCAUGUAUCUCAUUCGCCAGCAACGGAAAGGAGACCAACUUCCCACAACGCUACCGCCUAGUUUGAUCCCUCCGAGCCUACGGACCCCCGCCAAUCAGGCAAUGCCAGUCACAGCCCCUCAACCUCCGCCCCCAGUGCCUCGUGCUCCCAAGUCUGCUGCCGAUGAUCUCUUUGGUUUAGAUGCUUUCUCUGCGCCAGUACCAGCUCCCCAGCAGCCGCAAUCGACAGGUGGUUCUGCCACUUUCAGCAAGCCCUUCGAGAGCGAUCCUUUCGGGAGCAAGCCAACUUCGUCCACUUCUCCAUUCCAGCCGCAACCGCGCAACCCCGCUUCCACCUUUAAGCCGUUUAUGCCUAGCUCUUCUUUUGGUCAAACCCUUACGGCACACUCUACAGGCCAGUCCGGUACCUCUGGCGCACACGCAAUUUCGACACCAUCUGCAAUGGACGACUUAUUGGGCGGAGAGACUGAUGCUGAGCUCAACAAGAAACUGACGCAAGAUUCUACUGAUCUAGCCAAUAUGUCCAACCAGAUGACAACCCUACGGAAUCAAAUGCAGGAAGUCCAAAACAAGAAGACAGCCACUGAGAGUGAUCUCAACAGCGUCACUACCCAGAAGCGCGACCUUGAGCUUCGUCUCUCGCAAUUCAAAACUCAGUUCGACCAGGAGGUCAAGGCGGUUAAAGCUUUGGAGGAUCGUCUCGCCGCCUCUCGCACGGAGACUCGAAAGCUGCAGGUGGACCUUGUGAAUAUCGAGGGCAUGUACCAGGAUCUCCAGAACCAGCACCGCCAGGUGGGAGGCCAACUUGAAGCGGACCAGCGCGAGAACAACAACUUGAAAGAACGCAUUCGUCAACUAAACGCUGAAAUUGGCCAGCUACGCCCGCAACUAGACAAGAUGAGGAAUGAUGCCCGCCAGCAGAAGGGUAUGGUUGCGAUCAACAAGAAGCAGCUUGCUACUAACGAGGGCGAGCGCGAUAAGAUCAAGAAUGAGAUGAACGACUUGUCCAAGUCUCAUGAGGAAGGCGUACGAAGCCCUCAAAUCCAAACACCUGCUGUAGUCAGUCCCGCAGCUUCCACGACAAGCCAGAGCACCAACCCAUUUUUCCGUAAGACGCCUCAACCUGCUACCGAGAACACCAUGUCACCGUCUGGCUUUGCGCGCGAGGGACCUCACAAGGACUUUGAUAGCGUCUUCGGCUCGUUUGGUACCCCUCAGAGCACUGCACCCUCUGUAUCCUUCCGUGAGAACCAGGGCCCUAGCUUCUCGGUACCAUCAGGCCAGUCGGAAGGUGGCCAGCGAUCGGAUUCAUUCAGCUCCUCUGUACGAGCCACUGCCCCUGCUAGCAGAUACGGUGGCCCCGGCGCUCCUGGCAAUGAGACGCCUACCAUUUCGCAGGCUUCGCCUGUGGGCACCCCCGUGCCUGAGAAGUCCACUGUCGAGCGACAAGAGACUGGCAGGACAGAGACUGAUAACUUCAACCCUGCAUUGUUUAACCGGAACUUCUCGGCGUCUCCUGUGGCCAGUGUGACUAGCGAUACUCAGCGCUCAACUACCAAGCCUGAGGACCGUAUGGAUACAUUCUCAAACUUUGGCGCACCGUCAGCUAGUGUGGACGUGCCUGGCGCUUUCCCGCGAGACGCCAUCACGCCGCUACAACAGAACCAAACCGGUGAGAGCGGCAUGAGUGGCCCCAACAGGAACAACAGCCGUGCAGACCCCUUCGGCAGCACUUCUGGUGAACAGCCACGUGGAGGAAAGGACGACUUUGACGCUGCUUUCGCUGGCUUCGGCCCUAGCCGCCAAACCACUGGUCCCGCAUCUAACACAACCGCACCUGCCGACAACUCCAACAGAUUCAACAAGGAGUUCCCCCCAAUUGAAGACCUGGCUCAUGAUGAUGACAGCGACAGCAACGAUGGACGAGGAUUUGACGACAACUUCACAUCUGCAUCACCUAAUCAGAAGCGCAUCAGCGCUGGGCAAGAGCAGCGCUCUCAGCAACAGCAGCGGCCAGGUACCGCCUCCAGCGACGAGCUUUACAGGGCUCCACCACCAACCACUCGCUUGGACUCCAACAUGAGUGGCUUGCCUUCUCCCGGCGCGCAAAAAACAAGGACCGGGUCGAACCAAUUCCCUCCAGAAUUUGGUGGCCUUCUCCCCGCUCGCGAGAACCCAACCUCUCCAGGUUCCCCUGACACCGCGCAAGGUCCCGAGAAGUCUUUCAACCCCCCUGGUGGCCAUGGAGCAGCUCUCUUUGGCGGUUCGUCCAAGUCUGCUACAACAUCACCACCUCCGCUCGACACACCAUCAUCGACUGUCCCCUCCGACCAGUACCACUCUGCCUUGACAUACGGUAGUGCCGAAACAAACAAGGGCCCAUCCCCAUCCUCCAAUGUACCUCAGCUUGGCAAGUCUGCCUUUAAUGACGACUUCGAUGCUGGAUUUGAUGAUUUGGCCGAUGCCAAAGAAGAUGACCGCGUUGAUGAUGACUUUAUGUUCUCUUCCCAGAACCGGGAAGGUCUUGAUGAGUUCAACCCUGUGUUUGACUCACCCGCAGCCUCCAAGUCGAACACCAUGGCUUCGCAGCAGACCCCUACCGGUAAGCCUCGCGGUGAUGACAGCUUCAGCGACUUUGAACAUCUCUCGCAAACCUUUGGAAGCCAGCCCCAGCAGCCACAACCAGCUGCCUCAUCUCAAGACUGGGACGCCAUCUUCUCCAACCUAGAAGCGUCGCAGACGGACAAGGGUUCGCACUCGCAACAAGCGUCAACAGACUUUGGAAAGUCCGUCUUUGACACCCUUGAUAACGAAGAUGCUGCCAAAUCUCAAACCUUAUCGCCUCAGAUGCCUUCGCUUGGUCGUGCCAUCAGCUCUGGAACCGAACAUGACGACCCCAUCCUCAAGAAGUUGACUGGUAUGGGCUAUGGACGUAACGAGGCUCUCUCUGCGCUCGAGAAGUACGACUAUGAUAUCAACAAGGCUGCCGACCACUUGGCCUCUGGUGGACAGUAAUAGCGUGUUUAUCACAACGAGCCCACACAUACAAUCGACGCAACUUCUCUAUACCUCCCUCCUUCGAAAUCGCUCUCUUGUCUUGUAUGAGUACAUAUGUUUAGCAUAGCCUGCCCGCCACCCCCGGCCAAUCUUCAUACCCUUGAUUCGUUGGCUCUUCUCUUUGUUCUUGUUUUACUUGCACUCUCUCGGUUUUGUUGCGACCUAACUGUCUCUUUCUGUAUGUCUCUCCCGUCUUUUUGGUGUAUUGUUUUGUUUGUCUGCUUCUUACCAUUCCUCUUGUAGUGAAAAACCUUCAUUCACUUGUCGUAUGGAUGGUGUUCUUAGCCUUGAGACAGCUUUUGGGUUUCAUCUGGCUUGGACUGGGUCAGAUUGGGUUGGGGGAGAGUGGGAUGAGGGAAUUGCGUUUGAAGCGCUUUUUUAUUGUGUGUGUUUUUGCAGGACUGUUCGGUGCAUAUACUCUGCUCCCACUUAAUAUAAUCCUGUAACU